AUGGCAGAAAAGGUUAGUACUUUGCCCCUCGAGUUUACCUACAUGCGCAUUCUCUCUUCGUUGCGACGGACGGACCGGCUGACUUUGAGUCUUCUCGCUACUUUCCCGGGGCCGCCGUUCGGCCCGACAUUUUCUUCUCUCUCAACUCGGUCCAUGAACAUUCUUCUCUGCACCUCGACUCUCGUGUACCGACACCCAUAGGCCGCCAAGGCCGCUGCCAAGGGUGAAUCCUCGACCGCUUCGUCCAAGACGGGGUCCCGAGCCGGGUCCAAAGCCGCGUCCGCGACCAACACCCCCUUGACCUCGCUCUCGGCCGCCAACUCGGAAGAGGACCUUUCCAUGGCCAAGUUGCGCCUCGCGACCGACCGUUCGGGAAGCGGUGUCGUCGUCUCGGAUGAUCAGAGUCGUGAUAUCCAGAUUCAGUCAUACUCUCUGUCGUUCCACGGUCGUCUUUUGAUUGAGAACGCCGACUUUUCGCUCAACUACGGUAACCGGUGCGUUAUCGGUCAACUAGAAAUAGGUGGUCGAAGAGGUGGCUAAUCAUUUGGGCUGUCAUUCCAAAAGAUACGGUCUCCUCGGUGACAACGGUUCCGGAAAGGUCAGUUUCCGACUCGCAGUCCCGGUUGAUAACAUGGACGAAGGCUGACUUCGAAUCCAUCCUCCGAUGAUCAGACGACAUGGCUCCAAUCGAUCGCUGCCCGAGAUGUCGAGAUCCCGGAGCACAUCGAUAUCUACCUCGUCCAGGGUGAGGCCGAGCCGUCGGAGAUGACCGCGCUCGACUACAUCGUCCAGUCGGCCAAGGAGAAGGUUGCGCGCAUCGAGCGACAGAUCGAGGAGAUGUCGGUCGCCGACAACGUUGACGAGCUCGCGCUCGAGCUCAAGUACGAGGAGCUCGAGGAACUUGACCCCAACACGUUCGAAGCCAAGGCCGGUGCCAUCUUGCACGGUCUCGGGUUCGGGCCGGCGAUGAUGGCCAAGGCGACGAAGGACAUGUCCGGUGGAUGGAGGAUGCGAGUCGCGCUCGCCAAGGCCUUGACGAUCCGACCCCACUUGCUCCUGCUCGACGAGCCGACCAAUCACUUGGAUCUGGAAGCCGUCGUGUGGCUCGAAGCUUACCUGUCGACCUACAACCACAUCCUCGUCCUGACGUCGCACUCGGCCGAUUUCAUGGACACGGUCUGCACCAACAUCCUCGACCUGACCCAACAGCGAAAGUUCAUCUCGUACGGUGGUAACUACUCGACCUACGUCCGAACCAAGACCGAGAACGAGACAAAUCAAAUGAAGGCGUACCAGAAGCAGCAGGACGAGAUCAAGCACAUCAAGGACUUCAUCGCCAGUGCCGGAACGUACGCCAACUUGGUCAAGCAGGCCAAGUCGAAGCAAAAGAUCAUCGACAAGAUGGAGGCCGAGGGCUUCAUCGAGAAGGUUACCGAGCGCAAGCCGCUCUCGUUCAACUUUGAGGAUGUGCGCAAAUUGCCGCCGCCGAUCAUCGCCUUCAGCGACGUCGCUUUCGCGUACUCUGGCAAGAUGCAGGAUGCGCUGUACAAGGACCUCUCAUUCGGUAUCGACAUGGACUCACGUAUCGCCAUCGUCGGCCAGAACGGUACCGGUAAAUCGACGCUGUUAAACCUCAUCACGGGGCAACUGCAACCCCUGCAAGGCACGGUCAACCGCCACCCGUCGUUGAAGCUCGCCAAGUACUCUCAGCACUCGGCCGACCAGCUGCCGUACGACCAGUCGCCGCUCGAGUACUUUGAGAAGACGUUCAAGCCCAAGUUCCCGGACAAGGACAUCCAGUACUUCCGAGCACAGAUCGGUCGCUUCGGAAUCAGUGGCACGCAUCAGACCUCGCCGAUUAGUCAGUUGUCCGAUGGUCUGCGUAACCGAGUCGUGUUUGCGCAGUUGGCGAUGGAGCGACCCGACAUCCUCUUGCUCGACGAGCCGACCAACCACUUGGACAUGGGAUCGAUCGACGCGUUGGCCAAGGCGAUCCGCGAAUUCUCCGGUGGUGUCGUGAUCGUCUCUCACGAUUUCCGCCUGAUCUCCCAAGUCGCGGAACAGUUGUGGGAAGUCAAGAACAAGAAGAUCUUGGAUCUGAGCAAGUCGGACAUCAGUAUCGUGGAUUACAAGAACACGUUGGUCAAGAACUCGCAAGCCGAGAUCGAGCGGGCCAAGUUGGUCUCCAAGAAGGGCGCCGCCGGGGGCAAGAUCAACAUGUAG